CUUCACAGAGCAAUCACCAAAUAAUCUCUUAGAGCUCCAAAAAUGACGCUCCUCAAAAGUCUCUCUCUCUUCUGCUUCCUAGCUCUUAGCUUUGCUUUCACACAGGCCGCCACGUUUGACAUCACAAACCGAUGCUCCUACACGGUGUGGCCGGCCGCCUUGCCCACGGGUGGCGGCCAGCAGUUGAGUCCCGGCCAGACAUGGUCCCUCAACGUGCCCGCCGGCACUACUAGCGGUCGUAUAUGGGGCCGAACUAACUGUAACUUCGACGGGUCGGGUCGUGGAAGUUGCGGAACCGGUGACUGUGCCGGUGUCCUUCAAUGCCAGCUCUCCGGGGCACCACCAACGACGCUUGCAGAAUUUUCUCUUAACCAACCCAAUAACUUAGACUUCUACGAUAUCUCUGUGAUCGACGGUUUCAAUAUUCCGAUGGAGUUCAGUCCAACCAAUAGUGGAUGUACUUCCCUCCGGUGUCCCGCCGAUAAGUGUCCCGAUGCUUAUCUCUUCCCUGAUGACAAUACUAAAACUCAUAGUUGCCAAUCAGGAACCAAUUAUAGGGUUGUCUUUUGCCCUUGAUUAAGUUAUUAGUCGUCGCGUCUUGUUUCCUUAUAUUCCUACCUCCAAAUAAUUAAGGAACUAUGUAAUGAUACGACAACGUUCUCAUCGUGUAUAUCUAGUCUAUCAAUGUAUGCACUUCUCUUGCUGUGAAAUAAAUAAAUAAAUCUCGACCUUGAUUAUUGUGUA